CUUCCAAUGCUAAAUAAAUUGAGUUUCACACGUAAAUCACGUGCAUCUCAUUGAGAAAAAAAAAGAAGAGAGAAAAAAAAUUUAGUUAAAUAUCAAAAGCUGUUUGUUAAUAUAGGAAAUAGAAGUGAUUUAGAGUUAAAGAGAAAGUGUUUAGCAUAUAUUACACUUUGUUCUUGUUGUUGUAAAUAGUGUAUAAGUCAUAUCAAUAUCAUGAGUAAUUCAUUAGAAGAACGACUCAAGACUCAUUCAUCUGCCUUUGAUGGAUUAUUAUCAUUAAUACCAGCCAAAUAUUAUUAUGAUGAUGCUACUCAAGACCAAUGGAAACAAAAGAAGAAAUCAUCUCAAGAAUUAGCUGAUAAUAAACGAUCUAAAUUGGAUCCUGAUUCUAAGAAAAAUGCAGAUGAUUAUGUAAAUGGUAAUGCUACUGCAAAAGAUGUCAUGGAUAAUAAAGCUAGUAAAGCCAAACGAGUAGUAUUACCAGGCUCUAAAGUGAAACCAGCACAAGAACCAGUACAAGAAGAUGAUGAAGAAGAAGAAGAAGAGGAAGAAUCAAAAGAAGUUGAUGAUGAAUCUAAUUCAGAUGAUUCCGAUGAUUUCAUACAUGAAGAAUCAGCUGCACAAUUAGUAUUUGAUGAUGAUGGAAAUGAAAUUGAAAUAAAUGAUGAUGAUAGUAAUACUAGUGAUGUUAAUGAUGAACAAGAGUUUAAAAAACAAAAAGUUCAAAAUAUUUCAACUAAAAAGAAUGGGAAAUCACUUUCACCAGAAGAACAAUUAAAAAGAGAAGAAAAUUUAAAGAAUUUACGAGAAAAAUUAGCAAAUAAGAUAAGUACAUUAAAAGAAAAAAGGAAAGCUCCAGGUACUAAAGGUAAUGGAGUAGUUAAAUCAAGAGAACAAAUCUUAGAAGAACGUAAAAGAAAAGAAGAAUUAAAGAAAGAAUUAAAAAGAAAAAGACGAGAACAAGAAGAAGAAGAUGAAGAUGAUGAUGGUGAAGAAAAUUCUGAUGAUGAAAGAGAUGAAGAUGAUGAUCAAGAUAAAAGUGUAUUAUUUGGAAAUAUAGUAUUUAAUGAUGGAUCAAGAGUAACAUCAGAUUUAACUAAACUUCGUAAUACUGCUGAUAAGAAAAAACAAAAGGGUCCAGCUAAUAAAGAUAUUAAAGGUCAUUUACAAAAAUUAGAACAUAAGAAACGUAAAUUGGCUACUUUAUCAGAAGAAGAUCAAGCCAAACAACAACAAAAGGAGAAAUGGCAAAGAGUUAUGAAUCAAGCAGAAGGGAUUAAAGUUAAAGAUGAUGAAAAAUUAUUAAAGAAAGCUCUUAAGAGAAAAGAAAAGCAAAAAUUAAAGAGUGAAAUCGAAUGGAGAGAAAGAAAACAAGUAGUUAAAGAUACUGUUGAUGCUAGAUCUAAGAGAAGAGAAGAAAACUUGAAAUCUAGAAGAGAUAAUAAAGGUAAAAAGAGUAAGAAUCAACCAAGAUUAAAGAAAUUCACUGGUAUAGUAAAUAAAGCCGCUAAAAAGAGAGCUGGUUUUGAAGGAAGUGCCAAAUCAAAGAAGAAGAAUUAAAGUGAAUCCCUUUAAUUACAUAGACAUUUAUAUAUACUAUAUAUAGAUACAUUAAAAAGUAGCAAAUAUAGAAAAGUUUUUUUUUUGCAUUUUUCCUAAUUAGGACUAUGUUUACUUCCUGCAUAUUGCAUUUUUAUAGUUUUUGAUGAAAUUUAAAAAAUGGCUGCCCCUUUGAUUUUAACAAUGCAGUUUUAAACAAUUUGGUCAACGUAUUCAUCCAAUUAGAAACCAAUCAAUUGAAGUCAAUCAAUUAAUCAAACCAAAUCGAAUCAAAUCAUGUCAUUCC